GGAGCCGCUGCUGUUUGGCGACAGAGGAAGCGCUCAGCUGCUGUUGUUGUUGUGGCCCGUUGCGGAAGCGAAUCAUGGAGUAAAGUUGUCCUGAUUGAAACGACCAGAGAUCCUUAAAUCCCCCGCGGAGAGGACAGAGGCAGCGCCGGCAGCAUGUUUAAGGGCUGGAGCUCAUGGCUGGGCGCAGAGUCUGAAGAGAAUGAGCAGAAAACGGACAAACAGGAAACAGCAGAGAAGCAAAACAUCAACACAGAGACUGAAGAAACUCAACACAUCCUACAGCAGGCCAAAGGACUCAGCGGCUUCAUUCUGAACUUUGCGAGUAGCGCGUCUAAGAAGAUAUCCGAGUCUGUGGCGGAAACAGCGCAAACUAUCAAGAAAACGGUGGAGGAGAGCAACAUCGACGGCAUCAUUGACAAGACCAUUUUGGGAGAUUUUCAGAAGGAGCAGGAAAAAUUUGUCCAAGAGAAAAAUGCAAAGAAAACAGACGCCGCGGUGCCGCCCUGGGUUGGAUGCAACGAGGAGGAAACCAUUCAGCAGCAGAUACUCGCUUUAUCCGCUGUGAGCUUUUCGUCCAUAUUUAAACAAUUACUGAUUCUGAUUCUGAUAAGUGAACCUGUAUUUUGCUGCUUCACAGAGACCAUCAGACCGAAAACACCGCCUGUGGCCAUCAGCGCUAAAGCCAAGGCUAGCGAGGAAGAGGAAGACAUCUCCACCAGCCCCGGCGUGUCUGAGUUCGUGAGCGACGCGUUCGACGCCUGCGAUAUAAACCAGGAGGAUCUGAGGAAAGAGAUGGAGCAGCUGGUGCUGGAUAAGAAAGACGAAGAGACGGCCGACUGGGAGAAGGAGCUGCAGCAGGAGCUUCAGGAGUACGAGGUGGUCGUCGACCCGGAAAAUCGCGAGGAUAACUGGGACCGUGAGAUUGAGGAGAUGCUGCAGGACGACAGCUGAAGCGUGACAGCGCCUCCUCUGGUGUGGAGGACGCACUGCUGUGCCUCAGCGCUCAAAUGAAGAAAUCAGCAGGACGUUUCUACCAUUUCAUCAAUCUGACCGGACUGAAAUAUCAGGAUUUCCUAUAAGAAUGCUUAAUAAAUGCGAUGUUUAGCAGUAGAGGCAUUCGGUGAGGUGCCAACAUGCACAGAACUAAGAUCAUAAUUACUGAGAACACAUAAAUCAGGUUUAACUUUUCUUUCUGACUAAUUUCUGCCACAAUUUCUUCCUUCAGAGGUGUACAAGCGAACCGAAACUCAAAAAGCUGAACGGUUGUAGAGCUCCAACACUUAUAAGCGCACAUAAACUCGUGUGAAGGCAACUGUUUUAAUGGCUUCUCAUUCCUUUAUUUGUUUUUGAUUGCCGGUUUGAUAUUAGUGCUCUGAUCAUCGUCUGGCAGGUUUUGGUGAAGAUGAAAUCAAAUUGAAUUCCAUAUCUGUUUAUUCAUUCAGUGUAUACAUGUUUGUAAGGUGAGAGGUGUAAUAUAACUUUGUGUUUUUUCAACUUGCACCUUGUCUUAUUACUUUAAAGAUGAUUUCGUUGCAGUAAAUAAAGUCUAAAAUCCUCUCUUUUCUGGUUUCUCCUUUAGUUUAAUACACUGUGCUACAUGCUAUAAUAAUGCAGUUA